GAUACAGCUUCCCGCAAUGUCAACAACACCCCUCUCUCCCCCCCAAUCCUCACCCGGUUCUCUUCCCGAACCAGGUUGAACUCUACCUCGACCAUCUCGCCCACUCACAAUGGACCUACAAGACAAGGGAUACAGCGCCAGAGACCUUUUGGGUGUCAACUUCGGCUCGUGGGCUCUCGCGUUCACCGCCGUCGCCCUUCGUGGCUACACGCGUCUCCGGGUCAGGAGGGACUGCUUUGGGCUUGACGAUAUCCUCAUGUUCAUGUCCAUGGUCUGCUUCACGGUAUACGUUGCCUUUGCUAUCACCGGCAUCCACCACGGGACUGGUCAUCGUGACAAUGACUCAACUGUAGAAGCCAAAAAGUUCUGGUGGGCGUGCUACCAUGCCUACACCGUCACCAUCCUGUUCGCCAAGCUAUCCGUCAGUUGGUUCCUGCUACGCCUUACGACCAUCAACAAGAUACACAGACGCAUCAUUCACGGCGCCGUAAUAAUCACAGUCUCCAACAGCAUAGCCUUUAUUAUUUUUACGAUAUUCCAGUGCAAACCGAUCUAUUACUUCUGGGAUCAAUCACCACCAGGUGGAAAAUGCGUGAGAGCCUGGGCCAUUCUGGCCGUGGGAUACACGUGCAGCGUCUUCAACAUCAUCACCGAUCUCGUCUACGCGCUGCUCCCAGCUUGGAUCAUUUAUCAUCUCCAGAUGAAGCUCAAGACGAGGAUUGCCCUCAUGAUACUGAUGGGCAUGGGAUGUCUCGCAAGUUGCGCAGUUAUAGCCCGCAUGACAUACCUCGACGAACUAACCGACUACCAAAACUCCAACUUUCUUUUUUUAACGGCCAACGUAGCUAUCUGGUCCAGCGUGGAACAAGGUCUGGCCAUCACGGCAGGUAGUCUCGCUACGCUGCGCCCGCUGAUCAUCAAAAUUGGCCGCAAGCUCGGAUUCGCCAGCGCUACGUCCGCGUCCGCAAACGAUAUUGAGUUUGGCCCGAUUGGACCUCCGGUGUUGCUAAGGGAACGCACAAACUCCAUGUUCUCGAGGAGAGGACCGUCGAAGCCUAGAGGUAGCAAUGCUGUGCUACUUGAGACGGAGACGGCGGUGCCCUUUGAUGGGGCGCAUUACUCCAGACACGUUAUUGUUACGAGAUCCGUCGACAAAGAUCUGUCUUUCGAAAGAAAUCGUGAUCAGACGGAUUCUACAUCUUCAUGGCCCUUGAAGCCGUAGUUAGUUGAUCGCUUUCGCUCCCCGUUGCUUAUAUCAGCGUAGCAAGCGAGCCACUGCCCUUUGAUUCAGCGCGGUCACAAUUAGUCUCCGUCCAUGACGAGUCGCAAUCCCCCGCAUUGGUCUCUCUGUUUCGUUCUCACCUUCCAGAGUCUUUUCAACGGCCU